UUAAUCUCGAGCUUUCAGAAAACGUAAUUGAAGAGAACCAUGAGUCCAUGACACACACAGCACAGAAAGUUCGGUUUCGCAUUAUUUUCUGAAAACCAUCAAAACCCAAAGGACAAUGAAGAUGACAAUUCGGUAAGGACUACGGUCCUGUGCGAACUCUUUUGCACCACGUACACCCUUAUCAUCAUCAUCAAUUAUUAAGCCUCUCCCAACACAAAAAGCUUUACACUGUGCACCUCAUCUGAUUCGAAAGCUCAUAGCUUAGGCUUUCUCAUUAUCUCAUAAAGAUGGAGACGGAGAUGAAUCUCCAGCCACAGCCACACGUACUACUAUUUCCCUUCCCAGUACAAGGUCACAUCAAGCCCAUGCUAACCCUAGCGCAGCUGCUCUGCCACUCCGGCAUCCACGUCACUUUCGUCAACACCGAGCACAACCACCUCCUCCUCACCCAACGCGAAGCCCUCUCCGCCCGCUUCCCUACUCUCCACUUCCACUCCAUCUCUGACGGCCUCCCCUCCGAUCAUCCACGAUCGUUAAACCCUUAUUUCAUAGACAUUGUUACAUCCUUGAGGUCCAAAACAGGGCCACUCCUGCACCAACUCCUGGUUUCCCUCACGAGCAAGACCGACGUUGACUCUGCAGCUGAUCAGCUGCCUCCUUUGAGCUGUGUGAUAACGGACGGGCUCAUGUGUUUCGCAAUUGAUGCGGCGGACAAGGUAGGAAUUCAGGUAAUCGCCGUCCGCACCAGCAGCGCCUGCAGCGUCUGGUGUUACUUGUGCGUCCCUAAGCUAAUUGAAGAAGGUCAGGCGCCUUUUGGAGAUGAAGAAUCAGAUAAGAUGGUACUAGGUGUUCCUGGAAUGGAAUACAUUUUACGGCGGAGAGAUCUACCAAGUAUUUGUAGAGCACCAACAAACCACACAGUUCGGCAGUUUUUUGUGGAAGAGCACAUAGCCAUAACUAGAGCUUCUGGUCUCAUACUCAACACGUUCGAUGAACUAGAAUCCUCAGUGCUCUCACACAUUGCCUCUAAAUUUCCAAAGAUUUACGCCAUCGGACCAUUGCAUGCUCUCCUCCAAUCCCGUGUCGGUGACGACGACCUAUCUUCCUCCUCAGCCGCGGCCGCGUCUUUGCGUCGAGAGGAUCGUCGUUGCAUGAUGUGGCUGGAUUCCCAAGAGGCUGGAUCUGUUAUCUUCGUAAGCUACGGGAGCUUGGUGAAGUUAACACGAGUUCAACUAUUAGAGUUUUGGCACGGGUUGGUUAAUAGUGGAUCUCCCUUUCUGUGGGUCAUCCGCUCGGAUGUGCUCCAUAGCACUGAAGUGGAGCACGCGAAUCGGGUAACCCCGGUAGAGUUGGAAAUGGGUACAAAAGAACGAGGGUUUAUAGUGGAUUGGGCCCCACAAGAAGAGGUCCUGGCCCAUGAAGCUGUGGGUGGGUUUUUGACCCAUAGCGGGUGGAAUUCGACACUUCAGGCAAUUUGGGCCGGGGUCCCAAUGCUUUGUUGGCCCCAACUAGCGGACCAGCAGGUGAAUAGUAGAUGGGUUGGAGAAGUUUGGAAGAUUGGGGUUGAUAUGAAAGACACUUGUGAUAGAGCGACAGUGGAGACGAUGAUCAAAGCCUUGAUGCAUGGUGAAGAAAGGGAGGUGAUUUCAAGGGCGGUGGAUCAGUAUGCAAAAUCGGCGCGAACUUCUGUUGGUGAAGCUGGUUCUUCGUACCAUAACUUAGAGACACUUAUUUCUGAUCUAAGAACCCUUGUAAUAUGAUGCAUGAGGUUACGUUAAGUUUAUUCUUAUCAUGAAUAGGUUUGUGUACUAUAGUUUUGGCCUUUUGAGAUAGCAGGUUAUCUCCAACACUAU